AUGGAUCUUUUCGAUACUGGCGGCUACUUUUCCCAAAAGAUACCCAUUCUUGCAGCAACUCGACCACUCCUCAAGCAUGCUGCAUGUGCUUUCGCCACGAAACAUCUGCAGCGUGUCAGGAGGCAAGCCGAUUGCAGUCAUAAUUAUUCACGGUCUCAAACUGCGAUUGGUGAAAUCUCUCAGAACUUCAGUCAUGUUGAUUGGAGCUAUAAGAGUGUAGAGCACUAUGACAACGCCAUCAGCCUCCUUCUGGAAUCAGUUCAGCUUGUCGACAGUCAGCAGGAAGUAUACGGAGAAAAAGGCUAUCCUGAUGAGAUUCUCGCUACAGUCGCCAUUUUAUCAAUGUAUGAGCUAAUGGAUGCGCCUGGCCCCGAAUGGAAAGCCCAUCUGAGUGCCUUACCUCUUCUGGACAAUUCCUCAUUCGAGCUACAUAAUCCAACAUCGUCUAUCAGCAAUAUCCAACUUACAGCUGCGAAACGAUCUAUCUUCUGGAAUUUCGCCAGACAAGAUUUUUUGUCCGCAUUCAUUGGAGAAACCAGAACCCGACUUGACCCCGGUGACGUUCAGCUUUGGCGUAAGGUCGGUAUUCAUGUUGAUGAGAAUGGUAUCUUGUUGCAAAAUAAAAACUUGCGUGAUUUUCGAACGAACGAUGCUGGACGAGAGACUCUUCACAGCGAUGAUGGUGUUGAAGUGGAAGAAGACAUGAUAAGCAACUCGAUGAUUUGGCUCUUGGGUAAGAUUGUGAAUUUUCUUGCGGCUGGUGACGGCAUCUAUCCAGGAGACUUUGAACUACCAACUGCUCGCCAACAACGAUUUGCCAUUCCACAAGAAGAGCUUCUUGGGAGAUGGAAUCUACUCCAGCAAGAACUACAGACCUGGUACGAUAGCUUACCGUCGACGUUUGCGCCCUGCGCAAGGACCAAACUUGCGUCUCAAGACACUCAGGACUCCCCAAUCGAUCUACCGAAUUUCGAAAAGGUGUGGUACAGCAUCCCGAUGUGCGCAGCAACUAUGCAGUACUAUCACAUGGCACGCAUAAUUUUAUUGGUGAACAGACCGCAGGAAUCUACCGCCAUCAAGUCUUCAAUCACUGCUCGCUUAUGGUCGUAUCGUAUGAUCCAAGAGGAAGCCCAGUAUCACAGCCGAGAAAUUUGUGGAAUCAGCCUUUCAAAUCUCCCCGAUGCAGUAAGGAUUCACUCCCUGCAACCGCUAUUUGUUGCUGGCCAAUGUCUUUCCGAGACUUUUGAGCGCAGGGCUGUCCUAGGCAUACUCUCGAGCAUUCAAAAGGAUCUAGGUUGGGCCACAGGCUACCGCAUGCGAAAACUGGAAGAAGAGUGGAAUGCGGGAUAA